AUGGCCGAUGUUGCUGCCCACAUCAGACUCCUUGGCUUUCCAGCUUCCUCGGAACUACUGAAAGGAUAUGACGAGGACAAAGACAACUACAAUGUGUGUCCGAGCAGAUAUCCUGACGACUUUCGCUAUCUUCUUCGAGCAGUGAACAAGCUCAGAACCUGCCAGGAAGCUUUUGGUAUUCCUUCACACAAGCUACAUGUUGCGGUAAAGUAUGACUUGCCGACUCGCCCGAUGAAGAAUCAUCUCCUCAGGCAGGUAUAUGGCGACAUUCUAGCUCGUCAGGGAUUUGGCCGCAUACGCACAAUCAGGGUCCUCGUGACUUCCAAAGCUAGAUCAGUUGCAGCGCUUAAUUUGGAAUGCACCAAAAUACGACUCAUCAUGGAAAGCAGCAUUGAGGUUCACCUUGACAAAGUCAAGGUACUCGAACAAGAUGGCAGUGAGAGCACCGCCCGGAUUGCUCGUCGAAGAAAACUGGGUAAUCAAUGCAGGGUAAUAAUGUUGACGAUCAUGUCGGCCAUACGCGAACACCACAAAAUGAUAAUCGAUCAGGUGACACAACUGUGGCAGGGGGCAGACGAGUUCGAUGGGUACUGCCUCGGCGAGUUUUUUGCUCUGGCGGAGGCAUGGUAG